CUGGGAUGUCUGCCCCCUUUGUGUGUUUGUGAGGAUGUUAGCUAAGCUCUGCUAGCCACUGAGGCUGGGGGAGAGAAGGGGGACGGAGUGUGAAACGUGUUUUACGGGGUCAUUAACGACAUAUUUUACUGGAUAUUGUUGCUCAUUAAUUUAUAUUUAAGACUAAUACCAUUGCUGAGAGACAAUUAUUACACGAAGGAAACCCAUAUCUAACAGGGACUACAGUAAGUUUCUCAAAAGUCUUAGGGGUUUCACUUGAACCCUGAGGGUAACUGUAAGUUUGCCUAAAUUGAGUUUGUAUCGCGAGUGGGGCAGUAUUCCAGAGAGUACUAUAAUGCACCUAUCUAUUCAAUACACGAUGAUUGACGGGUGUCCAUUGCUACAGCUUCCUGUGCGGUGUGGACAGAGGCAUGCCAAUUGAAAACAAAUGUUUUUCGAUGUAAAAAGAUAGUUAACAUGUCACACCGUGACCUGUCACUGUAAUAAAUACCUAUUAUUAUUCGAGAAAUACCAAUAGGAUUGCUAAUUCAAGCAAAGGUUUUUUUUCUUCUUACUGCGACCCCCCCUCCCCAGGACACCCCCGUUCCAUUCUCCACCACCCACACGUCAUUUGCCCUCCUCCCUCACAAGAUCGGGCAGGGUUCGGUGGAGGGAUUAGCUCGCUUUUAAUUUAAAUUCAUUAUUAUUGAAAUAUGUCGGGAAGCGAGGACGAGAGGGAAGACUUGGAACCUACAGUACUUGCACAUGAUGAAGAGGAACCAGAAGAGGCUGUGUCUGACGUCGGGGUCCCCACCAAGUCAAAGAAGAAGAAGAAAGCCAAGAAGAGCCGGGAGAGCAGGAUCAGCAAGAGACCAAGACCUGUCAGAGAGGAGGUGCCAGUCAGCUCACCAGAACCCUUCAUAGCAGUAGAGCAAGCAGCGAGGGAGGAGGAAGAGGGAGGAGGAGGUAGGGCCAGGUCAGAAAGCGAGGGAAGUGAUUACGCCCCGAGGGGGAAGAAGAAGAAGCGCUCCAGCUCCUCCAAAGACAAGAAGAAGGGAGGAGGGACGAGUGGAGAGAAGGAGAAAGGAGGAGGAGGCUCAUCCAGCUCCAAGAGUAAACGCAAAGAACCAGAACUAGAGAAAGAUGAGGAUGAUGAGGAGGAUGAUGAUGAAGAUAGCCAGGAGCCCAAGAGCUCGACUCAGCUGCUGGAGGACUGGGGCAUGAAAGACAUCGACCAUGUCUUCACUCAGAAGGACUACACCACCAUCACCAACUACAAGGCCUUCAGCCAGUUUGUCAGACCCCUCAUCGCAGCCAAGAACCCCAAGAUCGCUGUGUCCAGGAUGAUGACUCUGAUGAUGGCCAAGUGGAGGGAGUUCAGCACCAAUAACCCUCUGAAGGGCUGUGCCAGUGCCAACGCAGCCCUGGCAGCUGCCAACGUGGCUGCGGCCGUGGAAAGCAUGGUGGUGGCAGGGACAGAGGCAGGAGGGGAUACAGGGGUGGGGGGUAGUGCCGCAAAAGAGUCCCCUCCAGCUGCACUCGCUUCCGUACCUGUAGCUGUGCCCGCUGUGCCUGCACCCCCACUCCGCAAGGCCAAGACCAAAGAGGGCAAAGGCCCCAAUGCUCGCAGGAGGUCCAAGCCCAACCCUAAGGCUGCCCCCAAGCCCAAAGCCAAGAAGGUGGCUCCGCUCAAGAUCAAACUGGGAGGCUUCAGCAGCAAGAGGAAGAGAUCCUCGAGUGAGGAGGAGGAGCUUGACGUGGAGAGUGACUUUGACGACGGGACCUUUGAAGUGUCGGACGGCUCCAACAGCCACAGCAGCCGCUCCAAGAAGAAGGCCAAGACCGCCAAGAAGAAGAAGAAAGUUGAGGAGGAGGGUGACGGCUAUGAGACAGACCACCAGGACUACUGUGAGGUGUGCCAGCAGGGAGGGGAGAUCAUCCUGUGUGACACCUGUCCCAGGGCCUACCACAUGGUCUGUCUGGACCCCGACAUGGAGAAGGCCCCUGAGGGCAAGUGGAGCUGCCCCCACUGUGAGAAAGAGGGGAUCCAGUGGGAGGCCAGAGAGGAGCUGUCUGAGGGAGAGGGGGAGGACGAGGAGGUGGGGAGGGAUGAGGGAUGGGUAGAGGAGGAGGAUGACCAUCACAUAGAGUUCUGCAGGGUGUGUAAGGAUGGAGGAGAGCUGCUGUGCUGUGACACCUGUACCUCCUCCUACCACAUCCACUGUCUCAACCCCCCCCUCCCCGAGAUACCCAACGGGGAAUGGAUCUGCCCACGCUGCAUGUGCCCGGGCAUGAAGGGUAAAGUCCAGAAGGUUCUGACCUGGAAGUGGGGUGAACCUCCGCCCCCUACACCUGUGCCCCGCCCCCUGGACCUCCCAGCCGAGGCCCCAGACCCUGUCCCAUUGGCCGGCCGACCAGAGAGGCAGUUCUUUGUCAAAUGGUGCAACAUGUCUUACUGGCACUGUUCCUGGGUUCAAGAGCUACAGUUGGAGCUGAACUGCCAGGUGAUGUUCCGUAACUACCAGAGGAAGACAGACAUGGACGAGCCCCCGCUGGUGGACUUCGGAGGGGAGGGGGACGAUGACAAGAGCACUAAGAGGAAGAACAAGGACCCCCUGUAUGUUCACAUGGAGGAGGAGUUCUACCGUUACGGAGUCAAGAUGGAGUGGCUCAUGAUCCACCGCAUCCUCAACCACAGUGUGGAUAAGAGGAACAACGUGCACUACCUGAUCAAGUGGAGGGAUCUGGCCUACGACCAGGCCUCCUGGGAGAGUGAGGAGAUGGACAUCCCAGAGUACGACCAAUACAAGCAGACCUACUGGAACCACAGAGAGUUGAUGUUGGGAGAUGAGGGCAGGCCUGGUAAGAAGCUGAAGAAGAUAGCUAAAGUGAAGAAGAGUGAGAAACCCCCUGCUAACCCUGUGGUGGAUCCCACCAUCAAGUUUGACCAUCAGCCAGACUACCUGGACACUACAAGGGGAACGCUGCACCCCUACCAGCUGGAGGGUCUCAACUGGCUGCGUUUCUCCUGGGCUCAGGCCACUGACACUAUACUGGCUGAUGAGAUGGGUCUAGGCAAGACUGUCCAGACCGCUGUCUUCCUCUACUCACUCUACAAAGAGGGUCAUUCAAAGGGCCCGUUCCUGGUGAGCGCCCCCCUGUCCACCAUCAUUAACUGGGAGAGAGAGUUUGAGUUGUGGGCCCCGGACAUGUACGUGGUGACCUACGUAGGAGACAAGGACAGCAGAGCCGUCAUCAGAGAAAACGAGUUCUCCUUCGAGGGCAAUGCCAUCCGGGGAGGCAAGAAGGCCUCUAAGAUGAGGAAAGACUCAUCGGUGAAGUUCCAUGUCCUGCUGACGUCCUAUGAGCUGAUCACUAUAGACCAGGCUGUGCUGGGCUCCAUAGACUGGGCCUGUCUGGUGGUGGAUGAGGCACACAGGCUGAAGAACAACCAGUCAAAGUUCUUUAGGAUUCUGAAUAACUACCCUCUCCAGCACAAGCUGCUGCUGACUGGUACACCUCUACAGAACAACCUGGAGGAACUCUUCCACCUGCUCAACUUCCUCACCCCAGUGAGAUUCAAUAACCUAGAGGGGUUCCUGGAAGAGUUUGCUGACAUCGCCAAAGAAGACCAGAUCAAGAAGUUGCAUGAUAUGCUGGGACCACACAUGCUCAGGAGACUGAAGGCCGACGUCUUCAAACACAUGCCCUCCAAGACAGAGCUCAUCCUACGAGUGGAGCUCAGUCCCAUGCAGAAGAAGUACUACAAGUUCAUCUUGACGCGUAACUUUGACGCCCUGAACACCCGCGGAGGAGGAAACCAAGUGUCCUUGCUCAACGUGGUCAUGGACCUCAAGAAGUGUUGCAACCACCCCUACCUCUUUCCCGGAGCCGCAAUGGAGGCGCCAAAGAUUCCAAACGGAAUGUACGAGGGCAGUGCCCUCACAAGGGCUUCUGGGAAACUGACUCUGUUGCAAAAGAUGAUGGUUAAACUCAAGGAGGGAGGGCAUAGAGUGCUCGUCUUCUCUCAGAUGACUAAGAUGUUGGACCUGCUGGAGGACUUCCUGGAGAACGAGGGUUAUAAGUACGAGAGGAUUGAUGGAAGUGUAACGGGGGGCAUGAGACAGGAGGCCAUCGACCGCUUCAACGCUCCUGGCGCCCCUCAAUUUGCCUUCCUGCUCUCUACCAGAGCAGGAGGGUUGGGCAUCAAUCUGGCAACCGCCGACACCGUCGUCAUCUACGACUCCGACUGGAACCCCCACAACGACAUCCAGGCAUUCAGCAGAGCUCACAGGAUUGGUCAGAAUAAGAAGGUUAUGAUCUAUCGCUUCGUUACCAAGGCGUCUGUGGAAGAGCGGAUCACUCAGGUGGCUAAGAAGAAGAUGAUGUUGACCCACCUGGUGGUGCGUCCUGGGCUGGGCAGUAAGACAGGUUCCAUGUCUAAACAGGAGCUGGAUGACAUCCUCAAGUUUGGAACAGAGGAGCUGUUCAAGGACGAGCUGGGAGAGGGGGACAACAAGGAGGAUGACAGCCAGGUCAUACAUUAUGAUGACAAGGCCAUAGACAGACUGCUGGACAGGAACCAGGAGUCAGAGUCCACUGAGGACACAGAGAUCCAGAGCAUGAACGAGUACCUCAGCUCCUUCAAAGUGGCCCAAUACGUUGUCAAGGACGAGGAGGAGGAGGAGGAGGAGGUGCAGCGUGAGGUGAUUAAACAGGAGGAGUCAGUAGACCCAGACUACUGGGAGAAACUGCUGAGACACCACUAUGAGCAGCAGCAGGAGGACCUGGCCCGUAACCUGGGAAAGGGCAAGAGGACCCGCAAGCCUGUCAACUACAACGACGGCUCUCAGGAGGAACGAGCAGAUUGGCAGGAGGAUCAGUCUGACAACAACUCAGAUUACUCUGUGGCUUCAGAGGAGGGAGAUGAGGACUUUGAUGAGCGUUCAGAAGCCAACACCCGCAGGCCAAGCCGCAAGGGGCUGAGGAACGAAAGGGACAAACCACUGCCCCCCCUGUUGGCCAGAGUGGGAGGCAACAUUGAGGUGUUGGGCUUCAAUGCGCGCCAGAGAAAGGCUUUCCUGAAUGCAGUGAUGCGCUAUGGGAUGCCUCCUCAGGAUGCCUUCACCACCCAGUGGCUGGUCAGAGACCUCAGGGGGAAGUCUGAGAAAGAGUUCAAGGCGUAUGUCUCUCUCUUCAUGCGUCAUCUCUGUGAGCCGGGGGCUGACGGAGCGGAGACCUUCGCUGACGGGGUUCCACGGGAGGGGUUGUCACGACAACAUGUCCUUACUCGCAUCGGCGUGAUGUCAUUGAUCAGGAAGAAAGUGCAGGAGUUUGAGCAUGUGAACGGCCAGUGGUCCAUGCCCUGGAUGAUGGAGCUGGAGGAGAACAGGAGGCUGGCAGCCAUCGCUGCUGGAGAGGAUGUCAAAACACCUUCUACUGGAACCCCCGCUGACACACAGCCCAAUACACCUGCCCCAGAGGACCUCACUAAGUCUGAAGACACUGGCAAGGAGACAGAGGUAAAGAAGGAGGGAGAGGCAGAAAAGGACGGCAGGGUGCACAGCAAGACAGAAGACCCAGAGAUUAUUGAAAUCCCAGACGAGAUGGAAAACCGCUCUGAAAGGAAAGAGGCAGAGGGAGAGUCCUCCACCACAGAGAACGACAAAGAAAAGAACAAAGACACAGAAGAGAAGGAGGAUAAAGAGACUGAAGAGAAGGAAACCAAGGAAACUCAAAAGGAGAACGAUUCCCCCACUGAGGUCAAAGGUGAAGGGUCAGAGGCCACAGCAAUGUCAGAGGAGGCCAAGCCUAAAGUGGAGGAGAGCAAAGAGGAGAAGAUGGACACCAGUCCUCUUGCAGAGGACAAGAAAGAGCAAAAAGAGGAGAAAGAUGGUUUGAAGACCGAGGAGUCUGGCAAGCUGCAGAAUGGAGAGAACAGUAAAGAAGGAGUGGCAGCAGCAGCGAUGGCGGUGAGUGAGGAGAAGAAGAAGGCUACCAAGCAGAGGUUCAUGUUCAACAUCGCAGAUGGAGGAUUCACAGAGCUCCACUCUCUGUGGCAGAACGAGGAGAGGGCGGCGACCGUCACCAAGAAGACAUUUGAGAUCUGGCAUCGUCGCCAUGACUACUGGCUGCUGGCUGGCAUCAUACAACACGGUUACGCUCGCUGGCAGGACGUGCAGAGCGACGUGAAGUAUGCUAUCCUCAACGAGCCCUUCAAGGGGGAGAUGAGCCGAGGAAACUUCCUGGAGAUCAAGAACAAGUUCCUGGCCAGGAGGUUUAAGUUGUUGGAGCAGGCGUUGGUGAUUGAGGAGCAGCUUCGCAGGGCAGCCUACCUGAACAUGUCUGAGGACCCGGCCCACCCCUCCAUGGCCCUAAACACCCGCUUCAGUGAGGUGGAGUGUCUGGCUGAGUCCCACCAACACCUCAGCAAGGAGUCCAUGUCAGGGAACAAGCCUGCUAACGCAGUACUGCACAAAGUUCUCAAACAGCUUGAGGAGCUUCUAAGUGACAUGAAGGCCGACGUCACCCGUCUCCCGGCAACCAUCGCCCGUAUACCACCCGUCGCCGUGAGGCUGCAGAUGUCGGAGAGGAACAUCCUCAGCCGAUUGGCCAGCCGCGGGUCCGAGGUCACCGGCCAGAGCCAAUCACAGACCCCGCAGCAGAUGCAGGUGCCACGCUGACCAAUUCCGCCAGUCCUCCUCAAGGCGUUCUCCCAUCCGUGUUUUGGAAUCGGAGAGUGACCCUCAUCUCACCCCCACUCUGCACCUCUUCUGUCCCCAAACCAAAAGUCACACUCUGGACAGUAGAGUAAGGUCUCUACCCACCAAUACAUCUUCUCUGGACACAGCAGACAACAAAUGUUCUGCUUCCUCUUCACUCAAAGACACCUGGAGGAACACAGUCUCUGUUCUCCACUGGGAACACCUUCUCUACAGUAUCUACCUAAUGAACUGCAGCACUGUCUCUGUGUCUGUCUGUUAUGUGUCUAACUUUCACAGGUUGUUUUCACUGUAUCUUUCCCCAAGCCUGUCUCUAAAAUAGACAGCGGUGUAUCUGGCUCUGUCCCAUAGAAUUAGAAUGGGUCAAAUGGUCUUUUCCACUUCAAGUAAAGGUUCUAUAAUAUGUGGACUCGUUGUUCUAUGGGUGUACAGAAUUCAAUUUGAUAUGCAACAUGUACAAUUCAAUUCGGUAAAUAUGAAAUCAUGUGGAAUUUAGAACUAUGUCUGUUCUGCCCAUUCCAUUUCUGGGUGUGUACCUCUUCUCAGUGUGUGUGUGUGUGUGUGAGUGUAUGUGUGUGUCUGUGUGUGUAGGUGGGCACACUGCUCUAUACUUCCCACAGAGAGACUGUUAAUAACUAUCAACUGAUGAGGAUGCUUUAGUAGAAUAAUAUUGGUUCUGUGUUACACUCCUGCCCCUCCCCCUCUUCACUGCUCCCUUCACCUGUACACUCAGGUGGUCCAUAACACUAGCCUGUUAUUGGCUCUCCCCGCUCCUCGGCCACGCCCCGUCCUGCAGCUCUACAUUCCUGAACGAUUGCAUCACAAAUGUUCCCGGAGGCCUCGCCCCCUUUUUGCCCAAAUAAGGACAUGCAAUAGCUCCACUAGUGUAGACACACGGGGCUGCAUUGAGAAUGAUGGCAAUCUCUAAAUUAAUUAAAUGUCUUAGUCUAAUGUUUUGUUCUUUUACAUUUUGGAAUAUUAUUAUGGUUACCAGCUUGUUGUUUUUAUCGUUACAGUUUCUUCUGAGAACUCCAAUAAAAAGGGUAACAGUU